AUGGCUAAUAAUAAAUGUGAUAUUUGCGAAGAAAAAAUACCGGAUGGAACAAAAGUGGUGUGCUGUGAUAGCUGCCACGUUAUCAUGCACCCUGUUGAAGCGUGCACAGGGUUGAAUGCGUCUGAAUUACGAGCUGCUGUGAUACAAAAACGCACAUUGAUGUUUUUCUGUAAGACUUGCAGAGAAGCUUUCAGAGCUGCGCCUGCUCUUGUUAGGCAAAUAAAGGACCUCAAAGAGGAAAUUGAGGGUAUUAAAAGGGAGUUAGAAGGGGUAAAGAUGCAAAAAUGUACACAUGGUGAGACAGAGGUUGAUACCAAACAGAUCUUUACUGAGUUCCAGGAAAGAGCAAAUAAAUCCAAAAAUUUUAUUAUUUUUAAUGCAAAGGAGUCACAGAGUGAUGAGUUGUCUGUACGAAUUGAGGAUGAUAAGAAAGUAGUUCAGGAGGUAUGCAGACUAUUGGAUGUACAACAGAGUGUCAAUGGAGCAGAAGUGAUUGAUAAGGUUCUUAGGUUGGGUACGAAAAAGGAAGGCUAUAAUAGGCCCUUAAAAGUUGUAUGCACCGAUCCAUCAUUUGUGAAACGAGUAGUAAAAGCUAAAAGGAAGUUGCUGGAGUCUGCCUAUAUAAGGUGA